AUGGAAUCCAUCUUUAUAACCCUUUUACCAGAGAGUGAAUACAAGUUCCCGAUCACAAUCUACAAGGUGCCAUAUUUGGUGGAAGCUUCAAACGGAGAACUCUUGUUAGUGCAAAGGGUUUUUUACUCCGGCGAGUUCAUGAUCUUGCGAUCCGCGGGUUUUGAUGAUUUUGGGAGGUUCAAUGUUUUCAAACUGGCCAAGAAGAAAAUCCAGUAUCCAGAUUUUGAUAUGGAAGAGUUGGAUUGGGUUAAGGUUUCUGAGUUGGAAAACAAUGAGACCAUAUUCUUGUCUAAUAAUCGUCGCAACGUUAGCACAUCAGCAUUUUGUGUUCCCGAUUUUGACGACAAGAAUUGUAUAUAUCUCACUCACAAUUUCCAAGAACAACAUACAUCAAGCAGGCAUGAAGAUGUUGGCGUGUUUCGUAUUUUUGGAGUUGACAAAGAUAUUGGCGUAUUUCAUAAGAAUGACGGGAUAGCUGCUAAACACCAAUGUUUUGGAGACGACAAAGAUGAUCCCUUACUUUUGAUUUGGAUAACUCCAACCUUAUGUUUGUCUUGA